GUACCUGGGACCUCUUACAGUGGAAUGGAAUUAGCUGGAGUCAGAUUUCGACAGGCCCGGACAGGCCACCUGGGAGCCGGCCCCUCCCUCUGCGGCACCAGCCCCGCUUGCCUGACAGCUUAAAUCUGCCCUGCCUCAGCCCUGAGGAUCGAGACCCAGCGUCUCAGCACCAUGAAGUCGGCUGGCAUUGUGCUCCUUGUGGCCCUGCUCUCGCUGUGGGCCGAGCUGCCCGCUGCGAUCCGGAGAAACAGGUCGACCAUAGCACCUGUUAAGACUGGUUACUGCUACAAGGUGGCCCCGGUGGGGGGUGUGUUUGAUGGGAAGAACUGUAGUGCCUGCCUGGAGAACAACGCCUGCUCCACCUGCGGCACCGACGGCGACUGCCCUGGGAGUGGCAAGUGCUGCCCGGACGAGUGUGGCUACACCUGCCAGAUGGCAGUGACAGAUCUCUGCCACCUGCCCUCGGUGUGCGGCUAUUGCAAGGCCAGGUUCCCUCGCUUCUUCUACAACUGGUCCAGCCAGGCCUGCGAGGAGUUUGUGUACGGUGGCUGCGGCGGCAACAGGAACAACUUUGAGACAAAGGAGGAAUGUCUGCAGGCCUGCAGGCUGUCUGGCACUGCCUAGCCCUGGCCGGCAUGGGGGAGCCGAAGAGGAAGCUGCUCUUCCUGGCUGGUGAUUGUCUUCCUGGGCACAAUUCCUGUCCCUUUCUGGGGGAAAUGACUCUCCCUGCCUGGAAAGCCUGGACCUUUGCUCCCCCGGACCCUCCGCAGCAGGGUUUGGCUGGAGGCGUUUGCAUUGUCUCCCAGGUGCAGAGCCAGCUCCCGCGGCCCCAGUGCUGGCCCAGCCCCGCUGCCGUUCUGUCUCCAUGGACGGGUGUGCUGCAUGUUAACGCUCAGCACGGGGCGCGGCACUGGCAGGCAGGGGCUGCUAUCAGCCAAACGCCCCUUUCCCUGGGACCUCCUGAGGGGUUAAAUACAAGGACUGACCCUUUUCAAACAGAAGUAGGUCUUGUCACUCCUGCCCUUGGGAGAGGAGGCAGCUGUGCAUGCAACUCUACCCGGAGUGCAGACUCUGCCCCUGCUUCCCUAUUGGAGGUGGUGGGGGGGGGCAUUUGGGACUCCAGGGCACAUUGGGUAGUGGGAGUGCACAGCCCUGCCAUAUGGGCAGCAGGGUCCCCUGCCAAGGCCCCACUGUGUGACAGGCCCAGCAUGAUCCCCUUCCUCCCAGCCUGCUGCUCCGCACCCUUCGCUACCGUGACUCUUGUGCCAGCAUAUGCUCUCCUUGAAGCCCCAGCUCUUGGAGUCAGGGGAGUAUGAGACUCUCAGCUUCAUUUAAAACAACGGCUGUGCAGAAAAGCCUGAAAAUGUAGCUCCAUGAGGAACAGCCCCAGCUCCAGCCGGCAAAGAACGAAACCCAGCACUUCCUACUUUGGACCGUCAUCAUGAGUUUUUAGUUCUUUUCACUGGCGACGCUGCUACUCAACCUUCGUGUCAGAACCACCCAUUUCGAUCUGCUGGGUCUGCCCUGUUCAGACACCCAUCCAGCUACAGGAAGAGGCAACGUGGGUAGGAUAAGGCACUGGGGUGGCAGCCAGGAGACUUGGGUUCUAAGCUCUGCACUGCGACUCUGGGCAGGUCUCUGUGCUUCUAUUUCCCUGCCACCCUUGUCUUGCCUGGGUGGAGCGUGAGCUCCCUGCGUCAGGGGCUGUCUCUUAUGUGUUUGCACAGCAUCCAGCAGAAGGGACCUGGUCCCAGAGGAGUCUUCGCCUACCACUAGAAUAAAAAUAAACUGUCAUCACCCCAUCCCCUCUGGGUGGGGUCUGGUGCUUCUUUACUGAAAUACCGCUAGCAAGUAUUUCUAGAGGUGCAGGGGCAUUAUCACCCCAGAACGCUCAAGUCCAGCAGAAAAACUCUCCCUGAAACAGGGUACAUAGGGAUCUUAUAGCAGCAAACAGACACUGCCAAAUUCACAGCUCGGGAAGGGAAGGGAAGACUAGACUAGACUAGACUAGACUAGACUAGCCUG